CAGUCGGGUGGAGCCUGCUGGCCAGCUUGGUGUUGGGUAGUUGUGUGGUCCCUCAUCAGCUGUUUAUCUGUGUCACCAAGAGAAGACCUGCCUGCCCCCGAAUUAGCUCAGCUGGCACCAUGUCAACUUCUGGAAGCAGGCGCUGCCACGCUAGGAGGAGGGAACAUGUCCCUGAAGACCAGAAUGUGAUCCAGCGAAUGUCCAUCAUACCUCUGGUUAGCUCGAGUUACGGUGUGGUCAUUGCUAUUUACAACUCAACAAAAGACCGGUCCCCAUAUCUUCGCAGUGUUUGUGAUGUGGCUGAAAAAAGCACGAAGAUCCUAGCUGGGGCUGCAGCUUUUGGAGCACAACCACUGAUUUCAAUAUUUGAGCCACAAAUUGCCACUGCCAAUGAGUUGCUCUGCAAAGGUUUAGAUAAGCUGGAAUCUGCUCUACCCAUUUUGCAGCAAUCGCCAGAAAAGGUUAUUGCUGACACAAAGGAGCUGGUGACUGGAACACAAGACGCUGUGACAAACACUGUUGCAGGAGCCCGUAAUACAGUGAUUGGUGUAGUAGGUCUGGCAAUAGAUGUUGUCAGUAGUAGUGUUGAUGUGACAAAGACUGUAUUUGCCACCAUGGGUUCUCAUGUCGAGCAGCUAGUGACCACUAGCAUUGAUACUGCUCUGGUAAAGUCUGAGGAUUGGGUAGAUCGCCAUCUACCAGUGGAUGAAAAUUUAGACCAACAUGAUCCACAUCAAGUGGUGUUAACUACUGGGCAGAAACAGAGGAUGCAGCAAAAAUACUCACUUCGCUUGGGGUUACUGUCUGUUCGGUUUCAUCACUGUGCCUACGAACUCUCCUUGGGAAAGGUGAAGCAUGCCAGCAAUGAUACUCUAGAAGUUCUAACUGAACUGCAUCGCAAUAUCAACUUGAUUGAAUCUACCAGACAGAAUAUUCAUUGUGGUCUAGGUAAACUGCAUCAGUUGUGGCUAGAAUGGAAAGAGAAACAGCGGAGACCUAUACCUGUUGGAAUGGAGAGAGAGUUACUGGCAGAGCCUCUUGAGUCUCUCGUACUGUCAAUGAUCCAGACUGCGACACAACAACUUCAGACUAGCUGUCUAAAUCUGGCAACUGUGGCACAAGGUUUCCCUGCUCACAUCCAGGAGAGCAUACAGAGACUAUGGCGACAUGCUCAAGACUUGAAUUCAUCAUUCUCGGUUAUUGAAACGUGCAGGGAUCUCUCGUUGACAAUCCUGACAAAGAACCAUAAACAUAUUGAGGGUAUCCGUACCUAUCUCACAGAGCUCUAUAACUAUACGAAUGCCCAAAUCUCUGUGCCUGGGCUGAUCUGGCUACAGAGGUUCUGGGAUGUGUCCCUCUAGAAAUUACUUUUCUUGACUUGAUCUUGAUGACAAUAAAACUCUAC